AGAGGAGAAGCCAUAUAAAUGCAUGGAAUGUGGAAAGAGCUUCAGUCAGAGUGAACAUCUGCGUAUUCAUCAAAGGACCCAUACAGGGGAGAAACCACAUAAAUGCAUUGAAUGUGGAAAGAGCUUCAGUGAGAGUGGACAUCUGCGUUCCCAUCAAAGGACCCACACAGGGGAGAAGCCACAUAAAUGCAGAGAAUGUGGAGAAAGCUUCAGUCGCAGUGACAGUCUACGUUCCCAUCAAAGGAUCCACACAGGGGAGAAGCCACAUAACUGCAUGGAAUGUGGAAAGAGCUUCAGUCACAGUUCAAGUCUGCGUAUCCAUCAAAGGACCCACACAGGGGAGAGGCCACAUAAAUGCAUGGAAUGUGGAGAAAGCUUCAGUCAGAGUGGCACUCUACGUUCCCAUCAAAGGAUCCACACAGGGGAGAAGCCACAUCAGUGUAUGGAGUGUGGAAAACAAUUUGAUUGGAAAAGUCAUCUUACUAUACAUGAACGGACCCACACAGGGGAGAAGCCAUAUCAGUGCAUGGAAUGUGGAGAAAGCUUCAGUCAGAGUGGCACUCUACAUUCCCAUCUAAGGACCCACACAGGGGAGAAGCCAUAUAAAUGUAGGGAAUGUGGAAAGAGCUUCAGUCGUAGUAACAGGCUGUAUUCCCAUGUAAGGGCCCACACGGGGGAGAAGCCAUAUACAUGCAUGGAAUGUGGAAAGAGCUUCAGUCGCAGUGACAAACUACAUUCCCAUCAAAGGACCCACACAGGGGAGAAGCCAUAUCAAUGCAUGCAAUGUGGAGGAAGCUUCAGUCAGAGUGGCACUCUACGUUCCCAUCAAAGGAUCCACACAGGGGAGAAGCCACAUAACUGCAUGGAAUGUGGAAAGAGCUUCAGUCGGAGUGGCAGUCAACGUACCCAUCAAAGGAAGCACACAGGGGAGAAGCCAUAUAAAUGCAUGGACUGUGGAGAAAGCUUCAGUUGGAGUGGCAGUCUACGUAACCAUCAAAGGAAGCACACAGGGGAGAAACCAUAUAAAUGCAAGGAAUGUGGAAAGAGCUUCAUUCACAGUGACAAUCUACAUUCCCAUCAAAGGAUCCACACAGGGGAGAAGCCACAUAACUGCAUAGAAUGUGGAAAGAGCUUCAGUUACAGUUCAGGUCUGCGUUCCCAUCAAAUGACCCACACAGGGGAGAAGCCAUAUACAUGCAUGGAAUGUGGAGAAAGCUUCAGUCGGAGUAGCAGUUUACGUUGCCAUGUAAGGACCCACACAGGGGAGAAGCCUUAUAAAUGCAUGGAGUGUGGAAAGAGUUUCAGUAGAAAUAGCAGUUUACAUUCCCAUGUAAGGACCCACACAGGGGAGAAGCCAUAUAAAUGCAUGGAAUGUGGAGAAAGCUUUAGUCGCGGUAACAUUCUACGUUCCCAUCAAAGGACCCACACAGGAGAGAAGCCAUAUAAAUGCAUGUACUGUGGUAGGAGCUUCAGGCACCGUGGGACUCUUCAUACCCAUCAAAGGACCCACACAGGGGAGAAGCCAUAUAAAUGCAUGGAAUGUGGUAAGAGCUUCCGUGAGAAUGGAGCGUUGCGUCAGCAUCAAAGGAACCACACAGGAGAGAAGCCAUAUAAGUGCAUGGAAUGUGGAAAAAGCUUCAGUCGGAGUGGAGAGCUGCGCAUUCAUCAAAGGAUCCACACAGGGGAGAAGCCAUAUAAAUGCAAGGAAUGUGGAGAAAGCUUCACUCAUAGUCGCAAUCUACAUUCCCAUCAAAGCACCCACACAGGGGAAAAACCAUAUAAAUGCAUAGAAUGUGGAAAAAGCUUCAGUCGCAGUGACACUCUGCAUACCCAUCAAAGGACCCACACAGGUGAGAAGCCACAUAAAUGCAUAGAAUGUGGAAAAAGCUUCAGUCGCAGUGAACAUCUACGUUCCCAUCAUAGGACCCACACAGGGGAGAAGCCGUAUAAAUGCAUGGAAUGUGGAAAAAGCUUCUCUUGGAAAACAUCUCUUACUGUACAUGUACGGACCCACACAGGGGAGAAGCCAUAUAAAUGCAUGGAAUGUGGAGAUAGCUUCAGUCGCAGUCACAGUCUACGUUCCCAUCAAAGGACACACACAGGGGAGAAGCCAUAUAAAUGCAUGGAAUGUGGAAAGAGCUUCAGUCACAGUUCAAGUCUGCGUAUCCAUCAAAGGGCCCACACGGGGGAGAGGCCACAUACAUGCAUGGAAUGUGGAGAAAGCUUCAGCGUGAGUGGCUCUCUACGUUCCCAUCUAAGGACCCACACUGGGGAGAAGCCAUAUACAUGCAUGGAAUGUGGAAAGAACUUCAGUGAGCAUAAUAAUCUGCGUACCCAUCAAAGGACCCACACAGGGGAGAAGCCUUAUAAAUGCUUGGAAUGUGGAGAAAGCUUCAGUCGCAGUGACAGUCUACGUUCCCAUCAAAGGAUCCACACAGGGGAAAAGCCACAUAACUGCAUGGAAUGUGGAAAGAGCUUCAGUCACAGUUCAAGUCUGCGUAUCCAUCAAAGGGCCCACACAGGGGAGAAGCCAUAUAAAUGCAUGGAAUGUGGAGAAAGCUUCAGUGACAGUGGCACUCUACGUUCCCAUCAAAGGAUCCACACAGGGGAGAAGCCAUAUAAAUGCAUGGAAUGUGGAGAAACCUUCAGUCGCGGUGACCAUCUACGUUACCAUCAAAGGACCCAUACUGGGGAAAAGCCACAUAACUGCAUGGAAUGUGGAAAGAGCUUCAGUCGUAGUGACAAUCUACGUUCCCAUCAAAGGAUCCACACAGGGGAGAAGCCACAUAAAUGCAUGGAAUGUGGAGAAAGCUUCAGUCAGAGUGGACAUUUGCGUUCCCAUCAAAGGACCCACACUGGGGAGAAGCCACAUAAAUGUAUGGAAUGUGGAGAAAGCUUCAGUCAGAGUGGAUAUUUACGUUCCCAUCAAAGGACCCACACGGGGGAGAAGCCACAUAAAUGCAUGGAAUGUGGAAAGAGCUUCAGUCACAGUUCAAGUCUGCGUAUCCAUCAAAGGGCCCACACAGGGGAGAAGCCAUAUAAAUGCAUGGAAUGUGGAGAAAGCUUCAGUCGCGGUGACCAUCUACGUUACCAUCAAAGGACCCAUACAGGGGAAAAGCCACAUAACUGCAUGGAAUGUGGAAAGAGCUUCAGUCGUAGUGACAAUCUACGUUCCCAUCAAAGGAUCCACACAGGGGAGAAGCCACAUAAAUGCAUGGAAUGUGGAGAAAGCUUCAGUCAGAGUGGACAUUUGCGUUCCCAUCAAAGGACCCACACUGGGGAGAAGCCACAUAAAUGUAUGGAAUGUGGAGAAAGCUUCAGUCAGAGUGGACAUUUACGUUCCCAUCAAAGGACCCACACGGGGGAGAAGCCACAUAAAUGCAGAGAAUGCGGAGAAAGUUUCAGUCGCAGUGACCAUCUACGUUCCCACCAAAUAACUCACACAGUACAGAAGCCUUAAAAAUGCAUAGAAUGUUGAGAAAGUUUCAGUCAGAGUAACUAUCUACAUUGCUUUCAAAGGAGCCACAUAGUAGAGAAGCCAUAUAAAAGCACAGAAUGUGGAAAGAGCUGUAGCGAAUGUUCAGCAUACAUUAAACAUCACGGAACUCAUGCGCCGCUUGAGGAGACCUGCCUUUCAGUUUCUGAGCUCUCUUCAAAAAAAAUGUUGGAAGGAAAGAGGAAGGCU